CGUUUGGUUUUGUUUGGAAUUUGCACAUGUUCCGUAUUCACGGACCAGAGAUAUGAGCACCGGUGGCACGAGUUUGGGCGGGAAGAACCUUCAGAUUUCCAGCGACUGAGCGACGGGUUGAUUCUCAUGGCUUCUAUGACUGGUCUGAACCCAAAUGAGUCCUACGAUGGUUCAUCAUCGUACUUCCAGAAAACAGUAUGCUUGCACGAUUGGUGGUUAAUUAAAGCUGAAGAGGACUUUGAAGGGAAACGACUAGCCGUUGCGGGCUUCGCAUCGCGAGAGCAACAAGCAGUGCGUGUGUUUUCAUCUGCACCAGUAGUCAAAAGAUACGAUAUGUUUACCCUGGAGACAGCUGACGGGAUUUGUGUUUUUAUUAAGGGAUUCAUGAACAAGCUGCGGACUAGCGACAAUGGAUUUCCCUCCGAGGUUUUUAGUCCUUUUUUGUUUGGCUUUCCACCCAACUGGGAAGACUAUGCUGCAAAGCUCUUGGAAGGAGAUUCUACCACUUGUGUUCAUUCAGGAAAUUUUUCUGCACCAGAUGAGUUUGCCACUCAUCCAGGAUUGGUUGUAGGCAAGAAAAAUUCUAGUCCAGCUACAAAACAAACUCCAAAAAAUCACCAGCUGUUCAUUCAUGAAAAUAAGCAUAAGCAUGAUAUUGAACCUUUAAAAAGUCGUUUUCAUAAUGUUUCUGAGAAUAUCACCAUUGAUGCUUCAAAUGGUUCUAAGCUGUGUAACCGUGCGACCAAGGAUGGAACAGAAGUGACUGUUACGCCUUGUGAUUUUUGGAGUAGGAGUUCGGCUAGAUUGAAGAAUCUGAAAGGCAAUUUGCAUAAUAGCCCAGAAUCUAGAUAUUCUGUGAAGCAUAGAAACAAAAACUUGAGUCACACAUUAGAUGCAUUUGAAAACACUGAUGGAGCAAAAAUGAAUAGUUCGUCAAGGACCACCAUUCAAUCCGAGGGGAGAAUGGACAUAUCAGACAGCCUUGCUGGAUACUCUAUGGGCCAAGUUUUUGGAAAUUUGUCUGUGGAUAUAAGAAGCAAACGGAAGGGAGAGAAAAUGGCAGUCAAUGGGUCAAAAAGCAAUAGAAAAAAGAUAAAUUCCAUUCCCUUUGUUUCUGAUGAUCUGAGCAAUAUUUUACAGAAUAAUAACUGUGAAUUUGAGGGCAUUGCCACAUCCAGCCCGUAUACUGAUGAAGUUCAAGACCCAAGGCAUCAGACUGUCCUUAGAAAAGUUAAUGCUGAAUGUUCUGGAGAUGGUUCUCUGCAGAAAUCCGAUGUGAAACAUCCUCUAAACUGUGGAAACAAUAUGAUUCAAGGUGGUUUGAAGACAAGGAACAAUAAUUCAGCUAGGUCUCCAAUUUUGCGCCAUACAAAGGACUUGAAGAAUGCAGUAAGGGAAGGAGAAAACAAUGCUAAAGAAGAAAGCAUGUGCAGUAAGAGAGAUUUUAUUCAUUCUCCAGAGUCUUUGAGUUUUGGAAGAUCAAGGUCAGGGAGACCACUGGUUCCUACAUUGGAAUUCUGGCGCAAUCAAUUGCCAGUUUAUGAUUCGGAUCGCAAAAUGACUGGAAUUAAGGAUGAGUUGAUUGUGAUAGGACAGUCUAGAGUUGUCAUCUGCUGUUUAAGCUGUAUAUACCUGCGGCUGAUGGGCUGGCCUCACUGUGUUGAUAGGGAGUAUAUUGGAGCCUCAGAAAAAGAGAAGGCAGUAGAAGUUAAUUUCACGUGCAGCUUUUGCACUUGCUGUUGAAAUCAAGAAAAUUAAGAAGGUCGUGAAAAUCACAUGAAGUGGAGCCAGCUUUAUAUGGUGAAUAGUAGCGCACUUCCUUGAGCUUUUCAUUUUCCGAAUGUUACAUGAUCUUUUGUGGUAUGAUAAAAACUUGAAUAUCAUGGUGUCUACUCUGUAGCGGUUGUAAUUUAAGACGACACCUACUGCAUAUUAAACCUAAAAUGAAUUAAUUCCUGUAUUUUGUGUAUUUGUUUAGAGAAACGUUUUAGCUAUAAGGAAGUUUUACAAAAAUAAACUUAAAUUGAUGUAACUUGAUGUGAUAUACCAAAAUCACGUAUCAUAUGAAGUCACGUUAGUUUGAGAGUUUAAUUUUAUAAAAUCAUUUUUGGACCGUA